AUGUCUCACACUCAACCUUCGCCUACUGCUGGCGUCGCUCCACACCAUGCGCAUCUCGCAGCGCAUGCCCAGGCCAACGGCCAUAUGACGACAAUUCCAGUCCAGGCCCAGAAGCCUGGUCCUCUCACCACCGCCCAGAAGAUUGCCAGUCUGAAUGAGCAGGUUUGGCUACAAAUAGGUAGCUUGACCGAGCUGAUGGGUGAUUUGGAAGGUGCGAUGAACGCUUAUGAACAGGCUCUGCGCCAUAACCAGUGGUCAGUUCCCGCCAUGAACGCCAUCUCGUGUAUCCUCCGGACCAAGGAGCAGUUCCCUAAAGCUAUCGAGUACCUGCAAAACAUCUUGAAGCUGGACCCUAGCAGUGGAGAAACCUGGGGUAGCUUGGGUCACUGCCACCUUAUGAUGGAUAAUCUGCAAGAGGCAUACACUUCUUACCAGCAAGCUCUUUACCACCUGCGGGAUCCUAAGGAACCCAAGCUAUGGUAUGGCAUUGGUAUCCUUUACGAUCGAUAUGGCUCUCUCGACCACGCCGAAGAGGCAUUUUCGCAAGUUAUGCGCAUGUCUCCCGAGUUCGAGAAGGCAAAUGAGAUCUACUUUCGUCUCGGCAUAAUAUACAAGCAACAGCAGAAGUUCAGAGAGAGUCUGGAAUGCUUUAAGUACAUUGUUGGCGACCCUCCGCGCCCCCUGACCGAGGAAGACAUCUGGUUCCAGAUCGGUCACGUUCACGAGCAACAGAAGGACUUCGACUCAGCUCAGGCCGCUUACCAGCGCGUUCUUGACCGCGACCCGAACCACGCCAAGGUUCUCCAGCAGCUUGGAUGGCUCUACCACCAGCAAAGCAGCGCGUUCCAAAGCCAGGAGAAGGCCAUUCAAUUCCUGGAGAAGUCUGUCAAUGCUGACAACAAUGACGCUCAAAGUUGGUACCUUCUUGGUCGCUGCUACAUGUCGAUGCAGAAAUACCCCAAGGCAUACGAGGCCUACCAACAGGCAGUCUAUCGCGACGGUCGUAAUCCUACCUUCUGGUGCUCCAUUGGUGUUCUCUACUACCAGAUCAACCAAUACCGUGACGCCCUCGACGCCUACUCCCGUGCCAUCCGCCUUAACCCCUACAUCUCUGAGGUCUGGUACGAUCUGGGCACAUUGUACGAAUCUUGCAACAACCAGAUCGCCGAUGCCCUUGAUGCCUACGGUCGCGCCGCGGAUCUUGACCCAUCCAACGUCCACAUCAAGGCUCGCUUGCAAUUGCUCCAGAGCCAACUGUCGGGCUCGGCUCAGCAGAACAACGCACCCGCUCCUCAGCCUCAGGAUGUCCAUCCCCAGGCGUACCAGGCUCCUGGUGUUGGCCAGCCUCCCGCGCCUCAGUGGGCUCCCGCUCCUCCUCGGCAGAUUCCUGACUGGAACCGCGGGAUCAACGAGCUGGGAUCUCAAGCCCAAGCUCCCCCUGCCAACGGCGUCGAUCCUCGUGAUGCUCGGAUUCCUGGCGUUGCUGCACAGAGUCCUCGUCAGGAGCCUGGUCGCGCAUUCCCCGACCCUCGCGGUGCACCUCGCUCGCCAAACAUGGGCGAUCCCAAUGCCUACCCGCCGCAGCACACUCUUCCCCAAAUUGGGAACCCAUCCGGCCCGGGCCAUGAACGUGCCCCCAGCGGCGGAAAUGCCUUUGGCGCUGGUCGCGGUGGUCUGCCUCCCGCUCCUGCUGGUCCUCCCGGACCUCCUGCCCCCCCUGGUCCUAAUGGUAACGCUGCUCCUCCUCCUCCCUACCAGGGUCGUCCAUUCACUCCUCCGACUGAAAUCCGCCCUAUUCGCGAUGCUUCCCCAGCAUCAACUUACCCCGGCCGGCAGUACCACCCCGGACCUACUCUUCCCCCUUCCGCUGCGGGUCCUAACUCCACAGGCAUCGCCUCUGGUGCCCCGGCUCCUCCCUCUGCAGCUACUGCGGCCGACGCUGCCGCUCGCGACCGCGAAGAUCGCCCUACAUCUGCGAUGAAGCGCGGCCGCGAGUGGGAGGCUGACGGCCCUGUGAAGAAGCUCGCUAAUGAGGAGAGCCGUGCCCGUCUCGAUGACCAGAAUACCCGCCGCGCCAGCCCGCCCGCUCGCCUGCCUUCUCCUGGUGAGAUGCAACGACGCAGCUCUUCGGAGGCGCGUCGUGAUGAUGCCCGUCGCGCCAACGAGAAUUACCACCCCUCGGAGGCUGCACACCACCCCCCUACUUUGCCUUCAAUUCAAGACAUGCCUCCCCACGCUUCCAGUGGUCCCAGUCUUCCACCCAUGUCUGAAGGCUCUGCUCCUUCCGUGCCCAAUGGACCUCCCUCUGUUCCUCCUUCGGCUAAUACCCCGGUCAAGGAAGAGUCCACUCGUCCCGAGGCCCCUCCCGCCCACGAGCCACCUGCGCGCAAGAUGGACGUGGAUGAGGACUACGAUGACGAUGUGGAGGAAGAGAAGAAGGCAACCGCAUCCAAGGGCAGCCCCAAUGGCAGCGCUGCUGGCAACCCGGCUAACGGCACUGCCCGGCCAGGCACACCCUCCAAGACCGAGACCGCCUAA